AUGAUGACGUCAUUGUUGAAUAACUUGCUAUGUAAAUUUUCCGACAGUCCAACGCCGAAAUAUACACCGACAGAGAUUAAAGAAAAAUGUUUAGAUCGUGGCACUGGAGGUCUUGCUGAUUAUUGGCAUGAUAUAUCAAAUGGUCUCAUUAAUUUUGAUUCAUCAAGUGUCAAUGGUUGGUAUACAAUAAGUGAAACAAAAGAACAACAACUGAAAAAAUCGAGAGAUCAACGAUUCGAUGAUUGUGUCAAAGCUUCCAAACUAUUGAUUCGAGCAUCGCGACGUAUCAUUGUUAUUACAAGUCCAGGCAUUGACUUAUGGGGUAGAAAUAAACAAGCUUAUGCCGCCGAAGAUCACGAUUUAACGCUAAUAGCCCAUGAAAUGGGUCAUGCUUAUGGUUUGGGUCAUUCAUUUUCCGAUGAUCCCAACUAUAGAAAUAUUGAUUGGGCACAAAUUGGCGAAUAUGAUGAUGAAUGGGAUCUCAUGAGUGCUGCUAAUGUCAAAACGACAAAUACAAUCAAAUUUGGUUCGGCUCCACCUGGCUUAAAUGGAUAUGGUUUGGAACGACUUGGUUGGAUUCCACUUAAUCGUAUUUAUACAUUUGGGAAAAAAGGUGAAACAUCAGCUACAUUAACUUUAACGACACUUACGAAUCCAGCAAGCAAUUAUCCAUUAUUGAUACGUAUACCAUUCGAUCCAUCGGAUUAUCAACAUUAUUAUCUUAUUGAAAUGCGUUUCAAAGAAAAUUGGGAUGCUGGAUUUGAUCGAAAUUUUGUAUUCAUACACGAAAUCAAAUAUAAUCCAGCUGAUAAAAUUUAUCAUUCAUAUCUUCUUCGAACACAUGAUACAUCAACACGAAAUCCUGUUACAUCUAUGAAUAUGAACAAUGUGAAAAUUACUACUGGUGAAAUCAAUGUUCGAACACGAACUGUUUCUGUUUAUAUUGAAAGUAAUAUUGCAGAUCGUUGUCUCCAAGGUUAUGUAUGGCGUGAAGCAAUACCAAGUGAUCAUGUAUGUGUUACACCAACAAUACGAAGUCAAACUUGGGCAGAUAAUGCUGCUGCUGAUUCACGUCGCAAUCCAUCGGGUGGACCUUUUGGUGUAGAUACAUGUAAGCAAGGUUAUGUUUGGCGAGAAGCUUAUUCUUCCAAUGAUCAUGUAUGUGUAUUAGCUGAGACUCGAACUCGAGCACGAAAUGAUAAUAAUCAAGCAGCUAAUCGUCGAAAUCCGAGUCGGUUUGUCUAUGGACCAUUGACAUGUCGAAAUGGAUUUGUUUGGCGAGAAGCUGAUAAUUAUGAUUAUGUAUGUGUAACACCGGCAACAAGGAAACAAACAGCAGUCGAUAAUAUACUUACUUCACUACGUCGUCGACCACGCCAUACGUGUAUGUCAGGUUACUAUAUAAGAAAUGCUUAUCCAAAUGAUUAUGUCUGUGUUUCGAUGAGUGUUCUAAUUCAAGUAAUCGCCGAUAACUUCGCUGCUAUUAGUCGUUGGGUUUAUGGAUAA